AUGGCGCCAAUAUGGAACUCCACACAUACAUUGCCGGAGAGGCAUGACCCAACAUGUCCAGCAAUUCAGACUCUAAAACUUUGGAAUCGAAUUUGGGGUACCCCACAGGUUUCUCCCAAACCGUUGAUACCAGCGACGAAUAACCGACUCCUGGGGGGAGGGCUGCCACAUAUCACAUUCAAUUUCCUGUGCGAUGGGGCAUACAAACCCCUACUCAAAGCCCUGCAGAACGCAUGCUUAAAACCAUUACUGGAAAUGCUAGCAGGCACAACUCCCACACCCAUGCAUCAGUUCCGAUAUUCCCAACUGCACCCUAUAUCAACACUUGCUAACUGGACACAUCGAGAACAAUCAUAA